AUGAAAGGUUUCCUUCCAGCGACGAUUUUGUCAUUGAUAUGGACCGCAUCCAGCUCAAAUAUUGACCUCGUCAACCCUCUUAUCGGAAAUACUGGUCCGGAACCAAAUUAUGCUGGAGGAAUGAUACCUUCGGUCGCACCACCAUUUGGUAUGACGCGCUGGGUGGCCCAGACGCACCAGAAUUACGUCUCAAGGCUACCGUAUAACUACAGCGAUUCAGAUGUCAUCCAUGGUUUCAUUGGAACACAUCAGCCUGCCAUUUGGAUGGGAGAGAGCGGGAUGAUUGGUAUCGUACCAGGACUGAGUUCUAGUGCAGAUGGGAAGGUGAAGGCACGUUUCGAGGAGCGAGGAUUGCCGAGAAGAUUGGACAGUGAGAGGAUUGGUGUCAGUCUGUAUGAAGUUGAAUUGGAGACCGACGACGACAAUGGCAGCAUUGGCGUUGCGAUGACGGCGACAUCUAGGGUGGGUCAUCUACGUUUCACGUUCAAAACGGGCUCUGCGUGGCAUCCGUAUAUCUUUCUACAGUCUUCGCGUCCCUCUGAGCUCUUUCAUUCUACUCCGACGGCAUCUCAUUUCAAUAUCUCGUAUCCGGAAGGCUGGGCGCGUAUAUUCCCUGAAGAAAAUAGGAUUUGCGGAUACAACUCAGAGAUGCAGGACUGGGUUAUUGCUCCGAUAUCCAGACACGGUGGAUUCAAGGGUUGGUUCUGCGCCGCCUUCGAUCGAGCAUUUGACGGCUACGGGGUAACGCAGGGCUCGGAGCAGAGAGAGAAAGCGCUUGAAGGGCUUGGAGAGGAAGUUGGUGCCUACGCUCGAUUUGAGUAUCCGAGUGACCAGGAGGAGCUGGUUGUUGACGUACGGAUAGCGGUUUCGUUCAUCUCGAUGGAACAAGCCCUUGCCAAUCUUGAAAAAGAAGUCCCCCAGGGAACACCUUUGGAGGUGACAGAACGGAAAACGAGAGCAGCGUGGGAGGAGAAAUUGGACCUCGUAGAGGUGGAAGGUGGCAAGUUCGAGGACAGACGGGUCUUGAUGACGAGUGUCUUCCAUGCCCUUCAAUACCCAUACGAACAACAUGAGUACGGCAAGUAUUAUUCUGCAUACGAUGAUGAGGUCCAUGACGGGGAAUCAUACAGCGGCUACUCCAUCUGGGACACGUAUCGAGCCGAAUGGGGCUUCUUGCUCCUCUUUGCACCUGAGCGUAUACCUGGAAUGAUACAGAGCAUGCUGCAAGAUUACAAAGAGGGUGGUUGGCUACCUAUGUGGAAGAACAUCCUUGAAACCAAUAUCAUGAUUGCGACUCACGCAGAUUCUCUGAUCACAGAAGCUAUUCUGAAAGGUUUUGAAUCUGGGUUUGACAUCGAUCUGGUCUGGGAGGCUGUGUGGAAGGACGCUACCGUUCCUCCGGAGAAGGAUUGGGAGGUCAAAUACGAAGACAGAGAAGAAGGUGUUGACUACGAGGUCAGGGCUGGUCUUUCUUCGUCGUAUGCGGACCCAAAGAAAGGGUGGGUUGAUGACGACAUCCACUCGGAAAGCGUUAGCAGGACGUUGGACUAUGCAUAUGAUGAUCAUGCUCUGUCGCUGUUAUCCGCACAUCUCAACAAAUCUCCAUCCAUCACCUCGCUCUUACACGAGCGGUCAAUGAAUGCGCCUUGGCUUGUUUGGAAUAGCGAUGCCACCUCUGUUGAUGACUAUACGAAUGAGGAAGAUAAAAUUAGGUUCAACGGGAUGACCAAAGGAUUCGUCCAGGGCAGAAAUGUUGACGGCAGCUGGGCAGAUCCAACGUCUGGCUUUACGGAGGGUGACAAAUGGGCGUACUCGUUCGACAUCGUCCAUGACAUACCUGGUCUGAUAGAGAAGCGGGGCGGAAACAAGGCGUUUGUCCAGAGUCUGAACGAAUACUAUGAUGGUGGCUGGGACUGGUUUGGUAAUGAGCCAUCUCAUCAUAUUCCAUACCUAUACGCUCUGGCCGGGCGCCCCGAUUUGACACAGCAUCGGGUCCGGGAGAUUGCGCGCGCCAAUUAUAAUGAUACACCGGAAGGACUGAGUGGGAAUGAAGAUUGCGGGCAGAUGAGCGCCUGGUAUAUUUUUGGGGCCUUGGGGUUCUAUCCUGUCAAUCCGGUCUCGAAGGAAUUUGUCAUCGGCUCACCAUUCUUUGAUAAACUCACGCUUCAUCUACCUUCUUCGGAGCCUGAUGCGUCACCAUUCUAUGAUGCACAAAAACAAACAUAUACGCUGACGGUGGAAAAGCAUGGUGACCCUGACGCAAUAUAUGUGAAGUCGGUUGCUGUGAACGGGGAGGAGGUGGACCUUCCUAUUAUUCGAUGGGAAGACAUCCACCAUGGGGGAAAUGUCGUCUUUGAAGUGUCGAUGACUCCAGGUAUUCGCUGUUAA